AUGGUCCACUAUGGCACUGUGCUCUUCUUCCUCUGCAGCACCAUGACUUCUGCCUUCUGCUGUGACUGGCUGCGACACUACGCUCAUGUGAAUGAAAGGUGUCUGACCCUACUGAAUGAAAUGGGCCGACAGCCAAGUGAGCACAGGAGGAGUCCAGUUCCCUUUCCAUCCAAACUCUACGCAAAUAUUUCCAAUGCCAAGGCAGAAACCAAGCUGCUUUUUAUAAGAGACAAUCUUGAGCAGAUCCUACAUCUUUAUCACUCUGAUAACCUGUCGUCCAGUCCUGAGGACAGAAGCAAGAUUAAAAAAUUGCUAGAGUGUAUCUCCAGACAGAUUGAAGGACUCAAAAGCUGUGUUUCUGUUUAUAGAACAUCAAACAAGGAACUGCGAAGAUACUACAGGAAACUACGCAGGCGUACCAUGUGCUGUGGAAGUGGUCCUGCACACAACGAGCUGAUCCGGAAAGAAAUUAAACUUCACCUGCAACGGCUGCACAUCCUCGUCAAUUCCAUGGUCGUCGCGGCGGCUGCGAGCCGACGCUGCAAUCCGUCCGCACGUCUU